AUGUCAGAAUUUCCGUUUUCGUCGCCCAGCACGGGCGUGUUUGCGCUAAGCAAACCGUCCCAUCUUUUUGCCGCCAUUGCUCUUGCCGCUGCUCUAUUGAUUGUCAGGCGGCUGCUCAAGCCUGACCCAUAUGCCAAUUACCCUCAAUGGGGCGAGGAGCUUGGAGGGUUCGCUAAACGGCGGACAUACUACCUCCACAACGCCGCCGAGGUUUACUACGAUGCCUACAGAAAGUUUAAAAGCCGCAUAUGCAAGCUCACCACACUUGAUGGUGAUAUCUUGCUGCUGCCCAUUAAAUAUGCCGACGAGCUUCUUAAGCUUCCUGGCGAUAUAGUUGACAGCUAUGAACUUUUGAGUUCGAGGAUUGAGUCCAAAAUUCUCAAGAUCAAGCCCGAGAACGAAUACUUGGUCCACGUCUUGAGAUCAGACCUCAACCGUCAGCUCCCUAGGCUCAACGACGCGCUGGCCGACGCCGCGCGCACCUCGGUGCUCGAAACGCUCGGCGACUCGGAGCAAUGGACCGAGUUCAGCGUCUACCGGAGAGUCAUGGAAAUCGUAGCCGUGGUGUCGGGCUCCAUAUUUAUCGGGCCCGAGCUCUGCCGCAACAAGGAAUGGCUGGAGAUCGGCAUCAGAUUCACCAUCGAUCUCUUCCACGCCGCCACCGCACUCAAAGUCUAUCCCCGAUUUCUGCGCCCCGUCGCCAAGUAUUGGUGCCCAGAGGUCUUUGCCGUCCACAGGCACACCAGCAAGGCCGCCGAGCUCCUGAUGCCCGUCAUCGAGAACCGCCGAGGGCUGCGCGACAAGGAUCCCAGCAUCGUGUCCAACGACCUGAUCCACUGGCUUGUGAACAAGGCCCCGAAAUGGGGCAAGGACACCACCGAGUUCCUGGUGCACAGCGAGCUCCAGCUGACAAUGGCGUCACUCAACAACACCACCGCAGCCAUAACCCACUUCCUCUACGACAUUGCCGCCAAGUGCCCGGAAGUCGUCCCGGAGCUGCGCGCCGAGAUCCAGACCGCGCUGGACAAGCACGGCGGCGUCUGGUCGGCCCAAGCGCUGUUCAGCAUAAAGCUGCUCGACUCGGUCAUGAAGGAGUCGCAACGCUUCAACCCGAACCUGAUGAUCACGCCACGCAAGAUCCUCAAGCCAAUCGAGUUCCGCGACGGCACCAGGAUCCCCGCCGGCGUCAACGUGUGCGUGGCCGGGUACGCCGCGCUGCAGGACGGCGACUUUUACAAGGACCCGGCCACCUUUGACCCCUACCGUUUUCUGAAGCUGCGGACCGGCGAGACCGAGGAUCCGUUGCAGUAUGCCAGCACCGAGCAAUACCAAUACGUGUCCGUGACCAAGGAGAACAUGAUCUUCGGCUACGGCCUGCACACGUGUCCGGGGAGGUUUUUUGCCAGCAGCGCCAUCAAGAUGAUUUGCGGCCAGAUCCUGCUGCAGUACGACGUCAAGCUGCCGGACGGCGUCACCGAGCGCUACCGGAACCUUAUCACGGGGCACUUCAUCAACCCUGACACCACCAAGUCACUCAUGAUCCGGAAGAGGGUGAUGUGA